AUGAUUGAGAGUUACGCCAAUUCAGGUGAUUUUGCUUCGGUGGAGAAGGUUUUGAGUCGAGUUAGAUUAGAGAACAGAGUCAUUACUGAGCAUAGUUUCAUUGUUGUCUUUAGAGCUUAUGGGAAAGCACAUUUGCCUGAGAAAGCUGUAGACUUGUUUCAUAGAAUGGUCGAUGAGUUUCACUGCAAACGUAGUGUUAAGUCCUUUAACUCUGUCCUGAAUGUGAUUAUAAACGAGGGUCUUUAUCAUCGUGGAUUGGAGUUUUAUGAUUACGUUGUGAAUUCCAACAUGAACAUGAACAUUUCUCCUAAUGGUUUGAGUUUUAAUCUGGUCAUUAAGGCUCUUUGCAAGUUACGGUUUGUGGACAGAGCAAUUGAGGUCUUCAGGGGAAUGCCUGAGAAAAAGUGUUUGCCUGAUGGGUAUACGUAUUGUACAUUGAUGGAUGGGUUGUGUAAGGAGGAAAGGAUUGAUGAAGCGGUUUUACUGUUGGAUGAGAUGCAGAGCGAGGGAUGUUCACCGAGUCCGGUUACAUAUAAUGUGUUGAUUGAUGGGUUGUGCAAGAAAGGGGAUUUGACACGGGUGACAAAGCUUGUUGAUAAUAUGUUUCUUAAGGGUUGUGUUCCUAAUGAGGUGACUUAUAAUACGCUUAUUCAUGGUCUAUGUCUCAAGGGUAAAUUGGAUAAAGCUGUUAGUCUCUUAGAACGGAUGGUGUCGAGCAAAUGUAUUCCAAAUGAUGUUACAUAUAGCUAG